GACCAUCAUUUCGCAGACGGACGACAAUGGCGGCAAUCAACUCUUCCUCCCUCCAUGCCUCCGUCUCACUCCGAGUUUUAUCUCCACAUGUUUCCCGAAAUACCCCUGCACUCUCUCUGUAUUCACGAUUCAGACCAUCCUUAUCGUUUCCCUCCAUCUCCGUUGGACACUGUGGUACAGGCCGCUCUCGUUCGUUGGUAAUCUCCUCCUCCGCCGUCAAGACGCUGUCGGAGACGGAGCCGGUCGGGGCUGUGGAAGCGGAGGCGAUCCCUGCUACUUCCGGAGUUUAUGCAGUGUACGAUAAGGACAGCGAGCUUCAGUUCGUCGGAAUUUCGCGUAACAUCGCGGCGAGUGUCUCGGCGCAUCUGAAAUCGGUGCCGGAGCUUUGCGGCUCCGUCAAGGUCGGUAUAGUAGAAGAGCCUGAUAAAGCGGCUCUUACACAAGCAUGGAAAUCAUGGAUAGAAGAACACAUAAAGGUAACCGGAAAAGUGCCCCCGGGCAACAAAUCCGGGAACAACACAUGGGUAAGGCAAGCCCCGAGGAAGAAGGCCGAUAUCCGUCUCACCCCAGGCCGCCAUGUCCAGCUCACAGUGCCACUGGAGGAGCUCAUUGACCGACUGGUGAAGGAGAGCAAAGUGGUUGCUUUCAUCAAGGGAUCGAGAAGUGCCCCACUGUGCGGAUUCUCGCAGAGAGUGGUCGGGAUUCUCGAGGGACAAGGCGUGGAAUAUGAAACGGUAGACGUGCUGGACGAGGAGUACAAUUACGGGCUGAGGGAGACACUGAAGCAUUACAGCAACUGGCCAACGUUUCCUCAGGUGUUCGUGAACGGUGAACUUGUGGGAGGCUGCGAUAUCUUGACCUCAAUGUACGAGAAAGGCGAACUUGCUGAUCUGUUCAAGCAGUAGUUCCGUUGGUGGCUUAAAGCAUCAGAAUUCUGGUUUGGCUCCAAUGGGACGGCCAUGGAGGGCGAAUUUUGCUCUGUGAACAGAGGCUGUAACCAUUGGUUUGACCACAAAGGUUUGUAUUGUAAGCUGUACAAGUAGAACCCUAAAGGCUAAAGGGCAAAAGAGGGUUAUGUUUCUAUA